CGGUAUCUACUGUUGAAUGGCACCCGUUGUGGUUGAACACUCAUGGAAUAACUUGUGGGAGAGAUGGGUCCACAUUCCAACGCACACUAUUCCCAUUUCUCACUUUCACUGCGCACAAACCGCAUUCCUUCACGCUUCAUCAGCUUAUGACUCACCUGGUCACUCAACUCGCCCGAGUCACGCCGCUCAUUCAUCGCCCCAAACCUUUCCUCACAACAAUUUCCUCUUCCCAAACCCUCUCUCUCCCCCAAUUCUCCACCAAGACCUCCGCCACCGCGCGCCGCCCAACGCACCCUCUCCUCCGCCCGGCGAUGGAUGCGCCCCCGCCGGAGCCCGCUGCCCCCGCCGCCUCCGCCGAAGACUUCGUCCACGUUGCGGAUCUGAAGAUGGAGAGCCUCUCCGAGAGCAUGGUUCGAAUCGACGAGCCUGAGACUUCCGACGCUGACGGCGUUUCCUCCGCCACCGAAGCCUCGACAGAUUCCGAUCGCCGUCCGCUUACGCUCCCGGAGGAGCUCUCCCGAAACGUGGUGGUUCUGUCGUGCGAGUCCGCCGCCGAAGGCGGCGUUUGCGACGUCUACUUGGUCGGCACCGCUCACGUGUCCGAGGAAUCAAGCAGAGAAGUUCAAGCUAUAGUGAAUUUUCUGAAACCGCAGGUUGUCUUCCUAGAAUUGUGCUCGAGUCGGGUGGCAGUGCUUACCCUUCAGAAUCUUAAGGUACCCACUAUGGGCGAAAUGAUUACAAUGUUGAAGAAAAAACAUAAUAUGUUUGAAGUACUUUAUGGCUGGUUCCUUGCCAAGAUUGCUAGUAAACUUGAGGUCUUUCCUGGCUCUGAGUUUCGUGUGGCAUAUGAAGAAGCCAUCAAGUAUGGUGGCAGAGUAAUACUUGGUGAUCGUCCUGUACAGAUUACUUUGAGGAGAACAUGGAGCAAGAUGCCACUUUGGCAUAAGACAAAAUUGUUAUACUCUUUAUUUUUUCAAGCAGUGUUUUUACCCAGCUCUGAUGAUCUUAAUAAGAUGCUGAAGGAAAUGGAUGACAGUGACAUGCUAACUCUUGUUAUUCAGGAAAUGAGCAAGGAGUUUCCAACUUUAAUGGAGACUCUGGUGCAUGAACGAGAUCAGUAUAUGUCCUCCACAUUAUUAAAAGUGGCAAGUGAAAAUAGCUCAGUUGUAGCUGUUGUUGGAAAGGGGCAUCUACAGGGAAUAAAGAAGCAUUGGAAGCAACCUGUUGUGAUGAAGGAUCUCAUGACAGUUCCAUCUCCCAAACCAGCUGUAUCUGCAAUAAGAAUCUUAACAUCUGUCGGUGUUGCCGUGUGGGGUGGCUAUAGUAUCAGGCAUCUAUAUUUCAUGCAAGAAAUGACUUUCUGGCAUCCACUGGAACGUUGAUCUAGGAAUUGAAAUAUGUAUCAGUUGAGUCAAUCAUCAACAAAGUUGAUGCAUAAGCGAUUUAAUCUCUUUUUUUUUUUUUAACGUCUCAAGAAUUAAAAUUUUCUUUUUUAAUUUUUCCAUGGAAAUCUUCGUGAAAUCUUGGUCACUUAAACACUAAAAUGUUGCAUAUAUAUACUCAUUCCGAUAGUUUUAA